AUGCCCACCGCAAACGCAGUGAAUGUGUUGGCCAUCGGCUGUGUUUUGCAGACCGCGAUUCUUUGCCGAUUCUAUCCCUCUCAAUCAACAGCCUUGCUUUCGUUCUUAUCUACGAUACUUCAAAGUAUUUUUCUCCUCAGCUGGAAGCUAUAUCUAUGGCCUCUCUGGUUCAGUCCUCUGCGCAAUUUGCCCGAACCACCAGGUGGUCAUCGAUUCCAUGGCCAUGUGAAGCUGGUUCCGAAUGAGCGAUCGGGCAUGCCUCUUCAGGAAUGGAUCAACGAGGUACCCAACAACGGACUUAUCCGAUAUCGCAUGCGAUUCAACAAAGAGGUUAUCUUCGUUACAAGUCCGAAGGGUCUUUCCGAAGUACUGGUUCAGAAAAAUUAUGAGUUCUCCAAGCCUUAUAAGCUUCGAAAGGGACUGGGUCGGAUUUUGGGAGUCGGUUUGAUUAUUGUCGAGGGGGAGGAACACAAGAGACAACGCAAGCUCCUUAUGCCAGCCUUCUCGCACCGACACAUUAAAGAUCUUUACCCCAUAUUCUGGGACAAGUCUGUCGCACUAGCCCGAGAGAUGAAUGCAAACAUUGAGCGGACCGGAGACCGAUCAAGCCAAGAUUUUAACGUAGCAGACUGGCUUGCGCGAGCUACACUGGACAUUCUAGGUGCUGCCGGACUCGGCGAAGAAUUCGAUACUCUCCACAACCCGGAUAACGAGAUAUGUCGUGCAUAUCGGAAUGUCUUUGAGGUGCAUCCCCCUAAAGGCAUCAUAGCUAUUGGACUAUUUCUUUUACGCGAGGCUGUGACGACGGCGCUGAAUCUGCAGCGAGAGGACAGUAUUUCUGUAGCUACCAAAACUCUGACAGGGGUGGCACGUCAACUGAUUAGCCGAAAGAAAAAUAUCAACGCCGAGAAACUGGAAAAUCAUGGAAGAGAUAUCAUCUCCGUGGCACUAGCGUCCGGUGCUUUCACCGAUCCAAUGCUGGAGAACCAUCUCUUAACAUUCCUGGCGGCUGGACACGAAACCACAGCAACAUCAAUGACCUGGGCUAUAUACGCACUGUGCUUGUAUCCGGCCAUCCAACAGCGACUCCGCGAGGAAGUGCGCGACAAGUUGCCGCGAAUCUUAGAUGAUGGUCCAGCUGUACCUAUGACGGCGGAAUUGUUGGACAGUCUGCCGUAUUUGCAUGCCGUCUGCAACGAAGUUUUCCGUGUUUACCCUCCGGCCGGGAUGACUCGACGAGUUGCAGUGAAUAACACUUCCAUCCAGGGUCAGUUAAUUCCCGCUGGCACAGAGAUCGUAAUCUCCCCACGUGCACUGAAUGUAUCGCGGGAACUGUGGGGCGAGGACGCAGCCGUCUUUAACCCCGAUCGAUGGCUCGGGCCGAAUCGAGCUAACACUGGUGGGGGAACGACCAACUUUUCUUUUAUGACUUUUCUUCACGGUCCACGAUCUUGUAUAGGGCAGGGAUUUGCUCGUGGCGAGUUUGCCAGUCUACUUGCCGCGAUGGUGGGCUCUUUCGAGAUGACUCUAGCUCAGUCGCCUGAUGUAGUCAUUGAGGCUGGGUUGACAUCACGGCCCAAGGGAGGAUUACGCGUGCAAUUCUCCCCUGUGUGA